AUGACGGGACGAAGCCUCGAGCUCAGUGAAAUACUUAAGAAAAGAGAAAUUAACAUAUGUUGUAUACAAGAAACAAAGUGGAAGGGUUCCAAAUCUCGCGACAUAGGACACGGAUACCAACUAGUUUACCACGGAACAGAAACAAAAAGGAAUGGGGUAGCUGUAGCCCUGGACCAGGAUCUUAAGCAGAGAAUCAUCAAUAUUGAAAGAAAAAGUGAUCGUCUCAUCGCUAUCAAACUUGCACUGGACAGCCAGCCUGUAUUAAAUGUCAUAUCAGCCUAUGCCCCGCAAACAGGCUGCCCUGCGCCAGAAAAACAGGCAUUCUGGGAAGACUUUGACGAACUAAUGCAGAACAUUCCACAAGGAGAGAAAAUACACAUAGGAGGAGAUCUAAAUGGGCACGUGGGAGCGAAAAGCGACAUUUUCAGGGGCGUGCACGGCGGAUACGGCUACGGAACUGUAAACCAGCAGGGUACUGAAAUACUUAACUUUGCCUCGAAACAUAACUUAAAAAUUAUCAAUACACAAUUCCAAAAGAAACCAGAACACUUAAUAACAUACAAAUGCGCAAAUCACGCCACACAAAUCGAUUAUGUACUAUCUACAACAGACAUGUCUAAACGUUACAAUGACUGUAAAGUAAUUCCCGGAGAAGCCAUCACUGCUCAACAUAGACUUUUAGUAGCUGUACUUAAUUUGCCUUAUCCCAUUAAAACCCAUCCGGACAAAACUAAAAGAAUCAAAUGGAAAGAAAUACAUAGUCCUAAAGGUACAGUUCUUAUUAAAGCAAUAGAGGAUUAUCUUAAAACGGACCUUUGUGAAAAUAAAAAUGCUAACACAAUGUGGGCUAACUUCGAGGACUUCUGCCAAAUGAAAGCACAACAAACCCUUGGAGUAUCAAGAGGGGGAUUAGCCACAAACAAAGAUACAACUUGGUGGAACAACGGCGUUAAGGAUAUUAUAAAAGCUAAAAGAGACGCCUUUAAAGUUUGGCAAAAGUACGGACUCGAGGAAGAUCACAUGGAAUAUAGAAAAAUUAAAUCGAUAGCUAAAGCCGCUGCCGCCCAGUCCAGAGCCGCCUCCAGACAAAGCUUCUAUGACAGACUCGAAAACGCAGAAAACGAGAACGACAUCUACAAGAUAGCUAGACAGGGGCAUAGAUCAACCUUGGAUAUCCAAUGUAACAAAUACAUAAAGAACAAGCUAGGACAUCUACUGACAUCCAAUGAUGCUAUAAAUAACCGAUGGAAGGAGUACUUUGAAGAAUUGCUUAAUGAAGAGUUUCCGAGUGAGAGCCUGCCACACUUACCACCAGUAUGUGGGCCAAUCAAUCACAUACAGCCCGAUGAAAUCAAAAAGGCCAUCAGUAACAUGAAAUGCCAUAAAGCCAUGGGACCAGACAAUAUCCCGGCUGACCUAUGGAAAAAAACUUGGCACCACAUCCAUCCCAUGGCUUAUGGAACUUUUCAAUAA